UUAUUCAAUAGCCUUUUUUGAAACACGCGUGAGUCGUGUCAAGCUGGGCAUUUCAUCAUGGAAAGACCUACGCCUGAACAACUUUUGCAAAUUGUUCAAUUUUGGUUUCAACAAGACGGUGCCACUUUCUACACAUCGUAUCAAUCAAUGGAUUUAUGGAGAGAAAACUUCGGUGACCAGAUAAUUUCACGUUUCGGGCCGACUCAACAUUUGAAAGAGAUAAUCUUUAAUGUUUCUUUCGAACCAUAAAAAACAUUCCCCAGUAAAUUUGAAUUUUCUGUGUUUCUUCUUUGAAAAAAGUUGGGAACCUUUAACAGAAUCACCCAUUAUUUACUUAUAUUAUCGGGAAAGAGAAAUAGUAGGCAAUAUUUUCGAUGAAAAGAGAUUCCCAGAAUUCACAUUCCUACGCAAAUUGUUCAUUGGUAUGUUCUGUACCGUUUCUGUUUCUGUCUUUAUAUUCCUAACAUGGAAGUAGAAAUUGUUUCGCUACAAUUGCUCAUUUGCGAAAAAAAGAGAAACUGCACAAUCCAAAAGUUCAAGUUAGAAUGACAAUUUCUUAUCAUAAAUCGCUGUAACUUACUGAGGUUCUCUGAGAUGUUGCUUUGUCCACUUAAACGGGAGAUAAUACAGAUUAGAAUUCAUUUGUAAUGAGACAUUUAAAGGUGAAAUUUGUUCGGAAUAGGUAUUGCUUAAAAGUGUUUUCUGAUCAGAAUUAAUAAGAAAGUUUGUUUUUUUAGUUCAAUCGAUGAAGUAAGCGAUAAUUUGCAAUAAGUGCGAUUUGAGAGUUAUUUGAACCAAAAUAAGAAACAAAAAAAUAUUUUAAACUUGCACAAUAAAUAUUAAUAUUGAAAUAGAUUUAAUUACUUGUAUCGUGCAAAGUUUAAGAGCAUUUGUUCGACUACUAUUCAGGGUAUAAAAUUUUACUAAUAUAAGUCAGAACUAUGACGUCAACAUAUCAGUAAAACUCAUAGUGAACACACGGUGAAUUUAGUGGUCAUAAUUAAUGCAUCUGAAACCAAGAAGGUGGUCAGAAACUGCGAGUAUAUCUAUUAUUAUAGAAUAGAACUUCUACCAAACCCCGCAUAUCGAUUGUAAAAAUUGAUUAAUUUCGACUAAAUAAAUAAAUAACACUUUUUCUCUAUUCAUUAGUUAAGUUUUUAUUUUCAUAACUAACGGGAAACGGCAGUCAUCUAUUCGCUGUAUUUCCACAUUUAAUCAAAUUUAUAUAACUAUUUAAUAAUGCCGAGCAUGAAAAUGACGAAGAUAAGUUCGUUGUUGUCCUCUCUGCUGGUACUUUUGCUGAUCAACGAAUUAUGCGCUGAAGACACAGAAGGGCCAUUCAUUAUCUAUAUGGAUGUACGCAACGACAUUGAGAAUUUAAUUCAAUGGGGCAACACCUGUGAAGAGAAGCUAACUACCAUAGAGAAAACGGUAGUGGAAACCAUAGAAUCAAGUGAGAGCUCGAAUGGAAAAUAUUUGGAAAUAUUGAAGAAAGUAGAAUAUUUGGAGAAUCUGGUGUCCGCAUAUGAAAGAAAGCAGCAUGCAAUGGAAAAUGUGAUACAAAGAAUUCGUCCAGUGCCAGAACGAGAGCACACUUUUAAAACACCCAGCACUACAGCUGUGCAGCGUAAUCCUACACAAUUAGCACCACCGCCUAAUAAACCAGCAGCAGGAAACCUGGCUUCACAAGCAUGUGAAGACAUUGAAAAAGCGCUGCAAUCACAAGGGAUUAGGCAUUCUAUCACAGAAAUCCAUCCUGCCCUUGCUAUUAUUGGCAAGAAAAGCCGUUACUCUUAUACAUAUAGAUGUACGGGGGCCUUAAUUGGCAAACGGUUUGUUCUAGCGACAGGCCGUUGUUUAAGCACGGGUGGAGCAAACCUGGUACGUUUGGGAAAUCGUAGUGAUAAAACCAGUGUCAUGGAAACGAAUAUUAAAAAAGUACAUGUACAUCCUAAAUACGCUUCCAAAAAGAAUAAUAUAGGUGUGGCCGAACUGGAAAGCGAUGUCAAUUAUUCUUCGCUCGUAUAUCCCAGCUGUCUAUACACUGCUGCUACAAUUUCAUUAACUAACACUGAGAUUUCUUACACAUCAUAUCCGGAUGAGUUUUUGUCCCAAACAUUGUUGGAAGUGCGUGGUCAACUAGUACCGUAUUCAAAUUGUGCGCAAUUCGGUGAUGCUGACGUGCAGGAUAAAUAUGCGGAUUCUUUAAUAUGUGUAUUAUCACACAAUGCUAGCCACACUUAUUUCGGCUCUUCGCAUGGACCGAUAUUUUACACUCGAAAGGAUGGGGUAAAUAAAGAGCGCAUCAUUGCUGUGGAUUCGGAGAGCACACUGCAGAAUGGUGUUUAUUUGUCGCAUAAACUCAUAAAGGUGUACGACUACUUGGAUUUUAUUGAGAGCGUAAUGCGAGGUUGAUUUUAUGCAAUAUCUGUACCCAUGAAAUUACUACUGAUUGCUUGGAAUUAAACAUAUUAGAACAUAUACAUAUUUCUUAGCAAAACGUUGCAAAUAACUUAUAUGCCUAGAAAUUAUAUACCAUCAACCCUUUGCUUUCGAUACCAUUAUCUAUUAGGUCUUUCGUCGAUUUCCAAUAGAUGUUUCUAGGGUCAAACACUGGUCGAUUAAAUCGAUUAAAUAGUUUUAUAUCGAUCUUGGACAUUUGUGUCAAUAUUAACCCAACAAAAUAUUUGUAGAGAUCUGUUUGCAUCCCAAACUUAUUCUCAACUUAAAAUGUCACUUUUUGAGCCGAAUUCUCGAACAUAGAACAUGAUUUGAAGAAAACCGAUGUAGUUGUGUCAAAAUCAUCACUUCGUUGGUUAUAUGAAAAACUAGUACAAUUCUAACAAUAAAUAUAUAGAACUCUAUUAGACUUUUA